GCUGUUCUCACGUUCCGGAGGCAGGAAAAGAGGAGGAGAAGGGGGAUAAAGAGAGAAGAGUGAAAAGCCCUGGGAGAGUGGGAAGGCGGUGCAGGGCGCAGUGAGGAAGAGGAACGGUGAAGUGAAGGAGCUGAACAACUUUCAUCCGACUUGAAUUCUCCAGCUCCUCUACAGUAUUCGUGUGUGUGUGUAUGACGAUGGCCAGCCAGUUGUCCUCCGUGUUCGUAGCGGCAUGUGUGUUGGCCAUGUGUGUGUGUCUGAGUGUGUGUGAGCCCAUCACUUUGCGUCUUUCUGGAGAGAAGCGUAAACACUACGAAGGCCGAUUAGAGGUGUAUUACAGCGGAGCCUGGGGGACGGUGUGUGAUGACGACUUCGACCUCAACGCCGCCCAAGUGGUGUGUAGACAGCUCGGAUACCUCGGUGCUGUCUCUUGGUUUCCGUCUGCUAAAUACGGCAAAGGAGAAGGUCCUAUCUGGUUGGAUAACGUCCACUGUACAGGAAGGGAGGCGUCCAUCUCGGACUGUCAAUCGAACGGGUUCGGAGUUUCAGACUGUAAACACUCGGAGGACGUCGGAGUCGUCUGUACACAAAAACGCAUCCCAGGAUUCAAACACAUCAGCGUUGCCAGUAACGACGGGGAGACUCUGGAUGUGCGAGUAGAGGACGUGCGUAUCAGAGCCACCUAUUCCCAGCGUAAGCGUAUUCCGAUCACAGAGGGCUUUCUGGAAGUGAAGGAUGAGGGGAAAUGGAGGCAGAUCUGCAGUGAGAACUGGACUCCACAAAACAGCCGUGUAGUGUGCGGCAUGUACGGCUUCCCCGGAGUGAAGGGCUUCAACACUAAAGCCUACAAGCUUCUGUCUCAGCGCAGGAAGAAGAACUACUUUGGUUUCUCGGUGAAUUGCACAGGAAAUGAAGCUCAUCUGACUGAAUGCAAGAUGGGCAAAACUCUGAAAGUGUUGAAAAAUCUGAAUGCCACAUGCGCCAAUGGAAUGCCUGCCGUGAUCAGCUGUGUUCCUGGAAGAGCCUUCGCACCUACACAGUCCUCAGGAUUCAGGAAGGCCUACAGAGCAGAGCAACCCCUGGUGCGUCUACGUGGAGGGGCGAAGCUGGGUGAAGGUCGAGUGGAAGUGCUGAAGAACGGCAUUUGGGGAACAGUGUGUGAUGAUAACUGGGACAUGAAAGCCGCCGGCGUGGUGUGUCGAGAGCUGGGCUUCGGAUCUGCUAAAGAAGCUCUGACUGGGGCACGAAUGGGCCAAGGAAUGGGCCCGGUGCAUAUGAACGAGGUGGAGUGCUCAGGGUUCGAGAAGUCUCUGACUGAGUGUUACUUUAAUAAAGAAGCUCUGGGUUGCAGUCACGAGGAGGACGCAGCGGUGAAGUGUAACAUUCCUGCCAUGGGCUUCCACAACAGGCUGCGUCUGAGCGGAGGCCGGAACCCGUACGAGGGCCGCGUGGAGGUGCUGGCGGAGAGGAACGGCUCGAUGGUGUGGGGAACCGUGUGCAGUGACAGCUGGGGAAUCAUGGAGGCCAUGGUGGUGUGCAGACAGCUCGGAUACGGCUUCGCUAAUCACGCCUUCCAGGAGACGUGGUACUGGCAGGGGGAAGUCGGUGCUGAUGCUGUAGUGAUGAGUGGAGUUCGGUGUUCAGGUACUGAGAUGACUCUGGCUCAGUGUUUGCAUCACGGGAAACACGUCACCUGCCCCAAAGGAGGAGGAAGAUUUGCAGCUGGAGUCUCCUGCACUGAGAGUGCCCCAGACCUGGUGCUAAACGCAGAGGUCGUCGAACACACCACGUAUCUGGAGGACCGGCCGAUGUAUGCUCUGCAGUGCGCUCAUGAGGAGCAGUGUCUCUCCCAAAGUGCCAACUCGGCAGACCCAUCCUCGUACCGACGACUGCUGCGCUUCUCCUCUCAGAUCCACAAUAACGGCCACAGCGACUUCAGACCUCGCACCGGACCCCACGCCUGGGUGUGGCACGACUGUCACAGGCACUACCACAGCAUGGAGGUUUUCACCCACUACGACCUUCUGAGUAUGAACGGCACUAAAGUUGCCGAAGGGCACAAAGCCAGCUUCUGUCUGGAGGACAGCGAGUGUGAUGAAGGAAUAAAUAAACGUUACGCCUGUGCUAAUUUCGGUGCUCAGGGGAUCACUGUGGGCUGCUGGGACACCUACAGACACGACAUCGAUUGCCAGUGGAUUGACAUCACUGACGUCAAACCCGGAGAUUAUAUAUUCCAGGUUGUAAUCAACCCUAACUAUGAAGUAGCCGAGUCUGAUUUCACCAAUAACAUCCUGAGGUGUAAAUGUCGCUAUGAUGGAUACCGGAUCUGGACUUAUAACUGCCAAACAGGUGGCUCUCGAAGUUCAGAUGUGGACGAAUAUACAGGCUUAAUGACCAAUCAGCUUCAGCGCAGGUAGAAAACUAGCCAAAGUGAGGAAAGUGAAGAGUGGAGUGAAGCGCAGACGGACUUCUAACAUGAGAAGAGAACCAACCACUAGAGAAGGGAUGCUGACGUGACCAUCCUGCACCUACCGUUACUCUGUUUACUGUCUAGAACUCACGACGGCUGUCGUUACCACCGUAUCCCACUCAACACAAGACCAACGGCUCGGAGAACAGCACAGGAAACCCAGGUUCCCGUCUUGAUAGUAAUUUAUUGUAGUCUGGUAAAAUAACACGCUCCAAAAUGCCUGUUAGCUUAGUGUGUAAUAGAGUUUUAUUUUUUCAUAGAAUUGGCAUAGCUGUGUCUUUCUCAGUGACCAAAGAGUUUUAAUAGAUUUCUGAAGUGAAAUGUUCACCUCGUGCCCAGAUGCGUUUGCUUCUUUUGUUUCUGCACUGGAUCUUCAAUGCUAACCUCGCUAACGAGUAAGGGAAUUUCGAAAACCACACUCUUACCUCCUUCUGACCGGAGUCUGAUGCUGGCGCUGGGUAAAAAACCAAAUAGUCUACACAUAAGGUCUGUUUAAAAUGCUGACAAAAACUUUAUUCGAGGUAAGAUUAACGAUCAACACGUGCAGCAAGCACAGAACUAGCCGCUAAACACAGUAACUAGCUGCUAGCGUGAUUCUACUCUCACUGAGAACACAGCAGUUCUGUUUUUUAUUGCGUUUAUGAUUUGAACAAAGCGCUAUUGUGUUAAAAAAGACAAAUGAUCUCACCAUAGAGCUUAAUAUGUAGUUCAGAAAAGCUGUGUACUAACUAGCUAAUUCUUAGCUACGUUUUUCACCUAGUGAUGAGAUAAAUAGUUCAUUUUGACCUUUACCACAAAUACCACCUUUACCUUACUUUGUUAGCUGAUUAGACUUGUAGCUCCAGUGCAAAUAAAAUAAUAAACCGUAAUGUUGUGCUGAUCUAAACAGCUAGUCGAACGCUAUGCUAUACGGUGGUGCGACGUCUAAAUCUACGAGAUGCUCUACUCAAGGCUCACAAUCAUAACUCCUUCCCUUCAAAUUAGGAGACAUGUACUGUACUGAAUACAACUCUCACUUGAAAUUAGGCAUGUGCCAAUAUUAAAGUUCCAUAUUGCAAUAAAUGUGUCGGAAAAACGACAAAGUUUUGUCUUAAUGGCUAGCAUGUUAGCUCUUCACGCUAAAACUCACAACCACAGCAAACUAGCAAACUUCAGCGAGCCAGUUAUGCAUGCUGGCCAUUAAACCGUGAUCUUAAGCUACGGAUCGAUUCUUAAAUCAAGAUUUUCAGGACAUACCUACUUGAACAUUUUAAUUUCUGUACUCACCUGACAUCACGCCAUGCUAGUGCCAUGCUGCGAGCAAUACUUAGCGCUUUUGCAUGUUACUUUCAUUAUUUUACAGCUUGUAUUGCAUUCUUUUUUUAAAUAAAAUUCUGCAGAUUUUAUAAGAACACCUGCACAGCAAUGGUACCGUUUUCCACUCAGUCAGCUUCUUUGGCUAAAUUCAUCAAGCAUGCUUUGUAAUUUAUUCCAACCAGUCAGGGAUUUUUAUUAUUUUUUUUGAUAACUCAUAAAGCAAUGUGGAACUAAAAUCUUGUUGCCGUUUCACGAACCUUGUGCCCUCCGUUUUAUGAGGGCGUUUACAGCCAUUCGAGUGGUUAACGCAUCAUGAUGUGUUUACUGUUGAAUGUAUGAUUCACAUUGCGCCUUGUUUUGUUUUCUACAAUAAAAAAAACAUAUUUAUGA